AUGUCGCGAGAAGAGGACACCAUAGACGGUACCGUGACAGUGAACUCUUACGAGGAGAAUAACGACAGUGCCAAAUCGAAGGAAACGAUCCUCCCUAUCAAGCUGGCGGUUGCCAAAUACGCGACGCAUUACAACAUGAACCACCCGAAGCGCGGGAAAUGCGUGAUAUUCAAUCACGACGAAUACGACGGCGAAGCCCCGGUCCGGAACGGCGCCGCCGCCGACGUGGAGAAUAUACAGAGAACCUUCGGGACAUUAUUGGGCUUCACUGUGGUUCCGCGAUGGAAUAAAACGAUGACGGAGAUCAAUACGGAGAUCGAGAAACUCAGCAAGGAAGACCACACGGACAGCGACUGCCUCUGCGUGUUCAUAAUGACACAUGGCUAUUCUAACGGCAUGCUGCUCGCGAGGGAUUGGCCGUAUUACUUGGACAGCGUCUGGCAACAGUUCACCGGUGACAAGUGUCCGACGCUCGUCGGAAAACCAAAGCUGUUCUUUAUUCAGGCGUGCAGAGGUUCCGAAGUCGACAAUGGUAUAGGGGUAUUCAGUGGCGGCGACAAUGAUACGGAAGUGGACUCGUGUGUCUCCGCGGUCUACAAGAUCCCAACUCACGCGGACAUCCUGAUCGGCCACAGUAGUGUCGACGGUUACUACUCGUACCGACAUCCGCAGAACGGCAGCUUCUACAUAGUGUGGUUGUGUAAAAUCAUAGAGAAUUUCUGGGAGACUCAAGAUCUGAUGGAAAUGAUGACCUCAACGGCGCGUGCGGUAGCUGUCUAUUGCGUAACCAAUAUCAAAGAUCCGACAAAGAACAAUAAAAAACAAAUGCCGUCGAUCACGUCCACGUUGAUCCGUAAGCUGUGUUUCACCAGAAAGAAAUCGAACGAUGGACAGGAUCAGUCGUAA